UACAAGUGAAAGAAGAAGACUGUGCCCCAAACAAACAGUACCGUCGCUGUUCCGGUGAAUGUUGACGAGGAUGAAUGUGUCGUUUUGAGAGCCACGAUGAUCUCGGUGAGUUACAUUCUGCUGUGCGGACAGCUCCUCCUGCUGCUGACCGUCAUUCUGUUACAAUGUCUGGGCGGAAUUCACUCCCACAACUCCUCCACCACCGAGACCCCUGCUUCCUCUCCGGGCCAGGGAGCCACCGGGUCCCCGUUCAGCGAGCAGCCGCCCGACCUGGUGAAGUACGAGAUCCCGGUGGACACUGAGAAUGACACUGAGAAUGACACCGAGACGUACGAGUACAGACCCCCGUCUCCUGUGGUCCUCUGCCGCUAUCUGCCUGAUGAGUUCGUCUACUGUCAGGACCCUGUGGAUCACGCAGGAAACUACAGUGCUUUGAAGGAGUUGGGCCACGGUUGUGUCGGGUGGGGCGGCCAGACUCAGAAAGAAGUGAACCUCACUCGUGUGAUAUGCACUGCACUCGAUGAAAUAGAGUGUGCUGGAUCCAGAGAGUUCCUCGGGAGAGAAGUACCCUGCAUCAAAUACACUGGACACUACUUCAUCACCACGCUGCUGUACUCCUUCUUCCUGGGUUGUUUCGGGGUCGAUCGCUUCUGCCUGGGUCACACCGGCACCGCUGUGGGGAAGCUGCUCACCCUGGGAGGCCUGGGAAUCUGGUGGUUUGUGGACUUGAUCCUGCUCAUCACUGGUGGCCUGAUGCCCAGUGAUUACAGCAACUGGUGCACAUACUACUGACACCAAAAGAGAGGUGUGACCAAGGACUCUGACCACCUCCCGGUUCGAUCCCUUUAAUAUUGAGUCCGAGGACCUGCUGAGGAGUCCUGGGAAAAAAUAUUUCAUUCUAAUUUAAUUCACUUGAAAUUUAGGACCUUGAAAAGAAAAGACCUCAGAAUGACUUUCUCCAGGCUGACGGUGAUAUCAGUCCGUUCUUUUUAGUACUAAAUCCUAAACUAAGGUCACUUUGACGCCGGUUUGGUUCAUUUAGCCUGAACCACAGAAAAAUGUGAUUUAUCGUCGCCUUUUAGUUCUGAUCUGUUUGGUUUCUUCACACUGAUUUAUUACAAACAAACCUACAUAUCAACAGGAAGUCACAUGGACUGACAGACAGCUUAUUGAUUGGACAGUUUUGGCAACUGUCAUCCUGCAUCAUCAGUGCUGCGGUGACCCACAUGGAAAAUUAAAUAAAAAAAACAAAAAACAUGACGGCACAGCUUAUGUUUGUACUUCCUGUGUGGCUGCUGUGAUUCAUGAUGAGGACACAAGCAGAGUUCACCUUCUUACAUUAAUGUAUACGCUGCUGAUGAGAAUGCUUUCUGGACAGUUCAAGGUCUGUAGAACUGCUAAAUUAAAAUUGUGUUUAGUUUUUUUAAUCAAUGCUAAAAUCACAUAUCUGCAUUUAUAAAAUCAUAAAACCACAAACUAACUGCACACACUGUAAAGUCUGCACCACGGAGCCCCUGAUCUGUGUGCUUAGGUGUGACUAAUUCUAAGUAGUGUGAAAGAUUGUAUGGACUCAGCUGGACUCUGGGUGACUGGUGCGGUACAGAGGCAAGACGGCCAACCAGGGGACUUUGUGAUCGUAGACGCAGUGUCAGAGGUUUUUAAAGUGGGAGGAGGGCCACCACGCAGUUUCAGGGAAGGCUCAGGGAAUGGAAGUAAUCUGGUUUAAGAGAGAGCUGAAAGUUGUAUUUUUUGUUAAAUGUUUCUUUCGACACUUUCCCAGAGUCAGAAACUCAUAGAUGCCUCAGGAAAGAGAAACAAAGUUAUUAAGAUGAGGUGAGGUGUUUUUUUUAGAGGAGGCAUUGUGUGAUCUUAGCAGCAAUUCCUUCGAUUGCCAACUGUCAUCAAGUUAUUCUGUAUAAGCAGCAUAUAUAUAUAUAUAAAACCCAAUCAUAUGUUUAUUUAAAGUUAAUGAAAGAAAACUAAACAGUAACCAUCCCUCCAUAUUAUCGUGUUGCUCCUUUUUUACGAUGUGGUUCAGCAGGAUUUUCUCUCACUUUUCUCUAAAUGGGUAGUGCUGGUGAUGCUGGAUGAUGACUGUCCAAUCAACACAUCUGUCAGUCAUGUUUCCUUCUCUUUGUUUAUUUGUAUUUAACGAGAAUUGUUUUUCCUAGAUUGAGUGUUGACGUGACCUACAAUCUCUCAGAACGUUUUUACGGCAGAUAGUUAAGCACGUCCUGCUCUGUGGUCCCAGUUUAGAAAAUCGACUUCCACAUCCUGGAGAGUUUUGGGUUUGAUGAUAAAAAAAACACAAUUUUGUCUUGAUAAACGUCUUAUUCUGCAAAGUUCACAUAACCUAACUGACGGCGUCUGAUCAUUUUCAUGAUUUUGCAUGUCAACCAAGAAUCCUCCUCUCCAGUUGAACUUGGAGCAGUGAUCGUAGAGCUAUUCUACAGCCUGAGGGCAACAUCCUACACCGACUCAUUAUCAGUGCUUUCCUCCUCCUUUACCAAGUAGCCCUGCUUUGGCUCUUCACGGUCUUCUGCUGCUGGAGGCGAUCACAUUUUUGUACUUCUCUUUAGCUCUCCUGCCUUCAACUGUAUUUAGACUGAUUAACUUUUCAGCCUCGAGCAAGUAAGAACGCAGAACUACAGAUGGAUGGUGAUCACAUAACUGAGGUGGUGAUUUAGUAGUUUUGAGACGUGGAAAGCAGUAUCUUGCUCUAUCUAAAAAAAAUUCAAACCCUUACCUCUGAGCUGUGUGGGAGCACUUCCCUCCUUAGCAUUCAGGAGUCGAGCUUGGCCCUGUCCAAAUGUCUGAAACUUAAACAAAUUCAGAUUUUCAUUAGCUUUAUCCAGCUAAGCUCAGGUCUCGCGUUAAAUAUUAAAAUCCUCACCUUUUAUCCUGCUUUGUUAAAUUCCUCGUUUUACCCUAAAUGGAAGGUUUAUGUGCUCUUUUCAUAUAUAUCGAGCAGGUUUCAUUACCCAAGGAUCCAUAAAAACCCUUUGAGGUGUUGUCAUAAAAGGUUGAAGAAGACAUGAUCGUCAACGUGUCGACAUGUCAUCCUGCAGCAGCAAUAUGCUUUUAGCAGGCAAUAUAUUUUCAGGCGACUAAACAUCUUUUGGAGAGGGGGAGCAUUAAAUCACAGCUUUCCAUAUUGCAAUUUUCCGUUUAAUUCACAAAGUGUUAAUGCAAGUCUUACCAAGCUAUAAAAAUAUAGUUUAUAGUUAUAGAGUUUUUCCAUGUCCGAGGUCUUGUCUUCAAUCUGAAUGUAAUGUUUUCUUUGUUAAAUCCAAACCCAGCUCCGCAGAGUCGCCCUGCAUUUCUAUAAAAUAUGGUGUGUGGUGAAACUUUAAUGUUGUGGACGCUCUGCUUUGUAAAAUACUGUAUAUAAUAUCGACCUGCCCAGCCGAAGCUUGGUUUUAUAUUCUUUAACUUUAAUCCACUGUACUAUUUAUUUGAUUGCCUUAUGUUUUAUGUGUUGAGGCGUACAUGUUCCCAGGAGCAUUAGAGUUUUAUUUUCCUUUGGUAAAUUUGCGUAAUUUUUUUCAACUUCUGCUUAAAUAAAAAUAAACUCAAAAUGA